AGAUAGAUAGAUAGAUAGAUAGAUAGAGAGAGAGAGAGAGAGAGAGAGAGAGAGAGAGAGAGAGAGAGAGAGAGAGAGAGAGAGAGAGAGAGAAUGAAAUUCCGAUUAGAAGGGCUGACGGUGUACUUUCCGUAUGAGUACAUCUACCCUGAGCAGUACAAUUACAUGCUGGAGUUGAAGCGCGGGCUUGAUGCCAAAGGUCACUGCUUGUUGGAGAUGCCAACGGGCACUGGAAAGACGAUCACUCUGCUCUCUCUCAUCACUUCUUAUCAGCUCGCCCAUCCAGAAAUGGGCAAGCUGGUCUACUGCACUCGGACCGUCCAUGAGAUGGAAAAAGUGCUAGCGGAACUCCGUCUUCUUCAAGCCUAUCAAGAGAAAGAAUUAGGUAAUCAAGCGAAGAUCUUAGCGCUUGGACUCAGUUCACGCAAAAAUCUAUGUAUUCAUCCUAGGGUUAGUGGGGAAGGGUCGAGAGAGAGCGUGGAUGCGGGGUGCAGGAAACUGACAGCGUCAUGGGUGAGAGAGAGGGCAAUGCAAAUGACAGAGGGAGGAGGAGGAGGAGGAGGAGGAGGAGAGGAGGUAGGGGAUAUAGAGUUGUGCAGUUUCUUUGAGGGGUAUCAAAAGAGUGGAGGGGAUGCGCUGCUCCCACCGGGAGUGUACACGUUGCACGAGCUGAAACAGUUUGGAAAGCAAAAGGGAUGGUGUCCCUACUUCUUGGCCAGGCACAUGAUCACGUUUGCAAACGUUGUCGUCUACAAUUAUUCGUAUGUGCUGGACCCGAAAGUGGCGGGAAUCAUUUCCCGCCAGAUGGAGAAAGAGUGUGUGGUGGUUUUCGAUGAAGCGCACAAUAUCGAUAACGUGUGCAUCGAAGCGUUGAGCGUGAAUAUAAGGCAGCAGACACUCGAGGGAGCUCAACGAAAUCUGUCCAAGCUCUUGCAAAUCGUGGACAAGUUCAAGGCUACAGAUGCUGCCCGCUUAAGGCAGGAGUACACAAGGCUUGUGGAGGGCAUGGCUCAGCGAGGCAACCUGCCUAUUGCCGACCAUUGGCUGGCGAAUCCUGCGGUUCCGGACGACAUUUUGCGCGAGGCCGUGCCGGGUAAUAUUCGUCGCGCGGAGCAUUUCAUCGCGUUUUUGCGGCGACUGGUGCAACACCUACGCACGUGUCUGGAGAUCACUCACGUCAAGAGCGAAGGACCCUACUCCUUUCUGCAUGACCUUAACAACAAAGUCGGCAUCGAUCAGAAGCCUCUCCGCUUCUGCUAUGACAGGCUGCAAUCUCUCCUGCUCACUCUCGAGGUCACGGACAUGGACGAGUUCACACCCUUGCACAUCGUUUGCGACUUUGCGACUCUAGUCGGGACGUACACGAGAGGGUUUGCCAUCAUCACAGAGCCGUACGAUGAAAGGAUGCCCCACAUACCAGAUCCCGUUCUGCAGUUGAGCUGUUUGGAUUCCUCGUUGGCGAUCAAACCGGUGUUUGAGCGGUUCCAGUCCGUCGUGAUCACGUCGGGUACGCUGAGCCCAAUCAACGAGUACAUGCGGUUGCUGAACUUCCACCCGGUCGUCAUUCAGAGCUUUCCCAUGUCACUCACACGGGAGUGCCUGUGCCCUAUGGUACUGACACGUGGAAGUGACCAGCUUCCUGUUAGCACAAAGUUUGACAUGCGCAGCGAUCCUGGAGUCGUGCGCAAUUAUGGGCGCCUCCUAGUAGAGAUGGUCUCCGUCGUGCCAGAUGGCGUCGUCUGCUUCUUCGUCAGUUACUCCUACAUGGAUGGAAUUGUUAAUACGUGGAAUGAAAUGGGGAUCUUAAAGGUGAGUGAAAUAUUGCGGGCGCGAUUGGAGUACCUCAGGGACUGCUUUCAAAUCAAGGAAAAUGAGUUUUUGACAUUCGAUGCAGUGAGGCAAGCAGCGCAGUGUGUGGGGCGUGUUAUUCGUUCCAAGUCAGACUACGGUAUGAUGAUCUUCGCUGACAAAAGGUACACUCGGCAUGACAAGCGGUCCAAGCUUCCUGGAUGGAUUCUUUCUCAGUUGAAAGACGCACAUGUCAACCUCAGCACUGACAUGGCUGUGCACAUUGCCAAGGAGUUCCUGCGCAAAAUGGCUCAACCAUUCGACAAAAGCAGCUCAAAGAACAGCACGCUCUUGUCGCAAGCCGACGUGGAGUCCAUGCAGAAGAUGGCCGACGGUUGACUUUGGAGCGCCCGUUGACUUCCGCACACUCUUCUGUUCCAGGUGAAUUGUUGUUGAUCUGACAAUCCAUGCCCUAUGAGGACGACCACAUAUGCCCUCUGCUGAAUCAUCGCGCAGACGUCAGUCACUGGCCGCAGGUUCAGCCGCUGCAUGCAUACGUGCUAAUGCCAGGUGUUGCCAGGGGUCACAGGGUGUCGUCGGUCUAUCCUCGCACGAAUGCAUGCUGGCACUUGCAUGCUGGAGAAGACGACAGGCACUGCACACACACACGUCGGAUGCUGCAUGCAGGUUUCAGUCGAAGGAGCAGCAGUCAGCAACCUUCAUUUUUCUCUUGCUGCGAGUUGGUAGAAAUACUGGUGUCUGUCGACAUGUCAGCAGCUGCAGGCGUAGUCGUUGCAGACGUCAGAGGUCGCAUGCAGUCGUCAGCUGCUCGUUGACCAUGCAUCUUCGUUGCUAGUCUCGCAAGUAGAAAAGACGAGGAGGCCAUGCGAGUAUCCGGCAGAGGAUCUGCCAGGUAAAGAUCGGCAACGAGCUGUCGGCGAUCAAAUACUGUGUUCAGCAGGUCCAGCGUGCCAGACGGCGAGAACAGGGUACACGGUUCAAGAGAAUGAAUGUGAAAGCAGCAG